GCGCGUCAGUCAGUCGGUGAGCCGCAGCAGUAUGAGAGAGCCAGCUCCCGCUGCUGGAGCGGAGACACCGGAGAAACGCCGCCGCUCCACACACCGGGCUUCACUCAGCGCGCUCACGGGCAGCGCCGCCGCCGGUAGAUGGCCGAGAGCCGCGCGACACCAACGCGUCAGUCCGCCCGGUGAAGAGAAUGUCCCAGAAAUCCUGGAUAGAGAGCACUUUCACCAAGAGGGAAUGUGUCUACAUACUGCCAGUGUCCAAGGACCCACACAGAUGCCUUCCAGGAUGUCAGAUCUGCCAGCAGCUCGUCAGGUGCUGCUGCGGCCGGCUGGUCCGGCAGCACGCCGGGUUCACAGCGAGUCUGGCGAUGAAGUACUCGGAUGUGAAGCUGGGUGAGGGGGCGGGGUUAGGAACAAGGUUGGGGGCGAGGUUAGGGGCGGAGCAAGAGGAAUGGAGCAUGGAAAGGCACACGGAGCAAAGUCCCACCGACGCCUACGGCAUCAUCAACUUCCAGGGAGGAUCACACUCUUACAGAGCCAAGUAUGUACGUCUGUCGUACGACUCCCGGCCCGAGGCGAUCCUCAGGUUGAUGCUGAAGGAGUGGCAGAUGGAGCUCCCGAAGAUCCUGAUCUCGGUCCACGGAGGGAUCCAGAACUUCGAGCUUCAUCCUCGCAUCAAACAGGUGGUGGGGAAGGGACUCAUCAAGGCAGCGGUCACCACGGGGGCGUGGAUCCUCACCGGGGGCGUCAAUACAGGUGUGGCGAAGCACGUGGGAGACGCGCUGAAGGAACACUCAACCCGCUCUGCUCGGAAGAUUUGCACCAUCGGUAUCGCCCCCUGGGGUGUGAUCGAGAACCGUAACGACCUCAUUGGGAGAGAUGUGGUAGCCCCCUAUCAGACCCUCCUGAACCCCCUGAGUAAGCUGAAUGUGUUGAAUAACCUGCACUCGCAUUUCAUCCUGGUGGACGACGGCACGGUGGGGAAGUACGGCGCCGAGGUCAACCUGCGGAGGGAGCUAGAGAAGCACAUCAACCUGCAGAGGAUACACGCACGUAUCGGGCAGGGUGUGCCAGUGGUAGCGCUGAUCUUUGAAGGGGGACCGAAUGUGAUCCUGACGGUGCUGGAGUACCUGCAGGAGAGUCCACCUGUCCCCGUCGUAGUGUGUGAAGGGACAGGGCGAGCUGCAGACAUCCUGUCUUUUGUCCAUAAACAAACCGAGGACGAUGGUAGUCUUCCAGACGGUGUUGAGCUGGACAUCAUUGCGACAAUCAAGAAAACCUUUAACUUCAGUCAGAAUGACGCUGUGCACCUCUUCCAGACGCUCAUGGAGUGUAUGAAAAACAAAGAGCUGAUCACUGUGUUUGAUGUCAGCUCAGAGGAACAUCAGGACAUUGACGUGGCCAUCCUGAAGGCUCUGCUUAAAGGCACUGAUGCUUCUGCGUUUGACCAGCUCGUACUGACGCUGGCGUGGAACCGAGUGGACAUCGCAAAAGAUCACGUCUUUGUUUACGGACAAAAGUUACUAGUAGAUUCUUUAGAACAGGCCAUGCUGGACGCGUUGGUGAUGGACCGUGUGGAGUUUGUAAAGCUGCUAAUCGAGAACGGUGUGAGCAUGCACAGGUUCCUCACUGUUUCACGCCUGGAGGAGCUUUACAACACGAAGCAACUGCCUGCGAACCCCACGUUGCUGCAGCUCGUCAGAGAUGUUAAACAGGGGAACCUCCCUCCGAACUACAAGGUGACUCUGAUCGAUGUGGGUUUGGUGAUCGAGCACCUGAUGGGAGGGACGUACCGCUGUAACUACACACGCAAGCGCUUCAGGAUCAUCUACAACAACCUGCACGGCAACACGCGGCGAUCGGGUCGCGGCCCCCCCAGCGCGCCCUCACUGCGGAAAGGUCACGAGCCCUUCAGCAUCCAGGCCGACAAGAAGGAGAAAACCCGGCACAACCACUUCAUCAAAACGGCUCAGCCUUACAAACCGAGGAUGGACUCGGGCGGUGACGUCCAGCACAGGCGGAGCAAGGAGGAGGUCGUGGACAUCGACGACCCGGAGACCUGGCGCUUCCCCUACCCGUUUAACGAGCUGCUGGUGUGGGCCGUGCUGAUGAAGCGGCAGAAGAUGGCGCUGUUCUUCUGGCAGCACGGAGAGGAGAACAUGGCCAAGGCCCUCGUUGCCUGCAAGCUGAGCCGCUCCAUGAGCUACGAGGCCAAGAAGAGCGACGUGGUGGACGACAUGUCUGAGGAGCUCAAGGAGUACUCCAAUGAGUUUGGCCAGCUGGCGGUGGACCUGUUGGAGCAGUCCUUCCGGCAGGAUGAGAUGAUGGCGAUGAAGCUGCUGACCUAUGAGCUAAAGAACUGGAGCAAUUCCACGUGUCUGAACCUGGCCGUUUCGUCACGCCUGCGGCCGUUCGUCGCUCACACGUGCACGCAGAUGCUGCUGUCUGACAUCUGGAUGGGUCGCCUCAACAUGCGCAAGAACUCCUGGUACAAGGUGAUCUUGAGCAUCUUGGUGUUCCCCGCUAUCCUGAUGUUGGAGUAUAAGAGUAAGGCGGAGAUGGCACACGUCCCUCAGUCUCAGGACGCUCACCAGAUGACCAUGGAGGACAGUGAGCACAACCUGCAGAGCCCUGACGACAUACAGAUGGACGUAUUCAAGGACUCCCGCAUGAAUGAACACGAGGAGCUGAAGAACGAGGCCGAGGUUCUCAUACGUUCACGUCGAUUGCCCAUCACACGCAAGUUCUACGCUUUCUACCACGCCCCCAUCGUCAAGUUCUGGACCAACACGCUGUUCUAUCUGGGCUUCCUGAUGCUCUACUCGUAUGUGGUGUUGGUAAAGUUGCCAAGCUUUCCGUCGCCACAGGAGUGGGCCGUCAUCUUGUACAUCUUCACCUCCGCCAUUGAAAAAAUACGUGAGAUGUUCAUGUCAGAAGGAGGAAAGAUCAGCCAGAAGAUCAAAGUCUGGUUCAACGAUUAUUUCAACACUUCUGACUUCAUCGCCAUCGUGAUGUUCGCGGUGGGCUUCGGCCUUCGCCUCGGUCCGGGCGACAUCGCCAUCGUCGGGAGGACCGUCUACUGCCUUAACAUCAUCUUCUGGUACGUCCGGCUCCUCGACAUCCUGGCAGUCAACCAGCAGGCCGGGCCGUACGUCAUGAUGAUCGGCAAGAUGGUGGCGAACAUGUUCUACAUCGUGGUCAUCAUGCUGGUGGUGCUGGUGACGUACGGCGUUCCACGCAAAGCCAUCCUCUACCCCAACUCCACGCCGCAGUGGUCCCUCAUCGUCGACGUCGUCUUCCAGCCCUACUGGAUGAUGUAUGGGGAGGUGUACGCCUACGAGAUUGACGUGUGUGCUAACAACAGCAACACAGAGCCCCACAUUAAGGAACUGUGCGGGCCGGGGGUGUUGUUAACUCCAGCUCUACAGGCCGUCUACCUCUUCAUACAGUACAUCCUGAUGGUCAACCUGCUCAUCGCCUUCUUCAAUAACGUGUACCUGCAGGUGAUGUCCAUGUCUAACCUGGUGUGGAAGUAUCAGCGUUACCACUUCAUCAUGGCGUAUCAUGAUAAACCCGUCCUCCCUCCUCCACUAAUUAUCUUCUGCCACAUCGCCUCACUCAUCCGCUUCCUCUGCAAAAGCAGGAAAAAGGACAGCAGUGCUUACGGACGAAAGCUCUUCCUGAAUGAAGAGGACCAGAAGAAGCUGCACGAUUUUGAGGAGCAGUGUGUGGAGACGUAUUUCCACGAGAAAGACGACAAGUUCCACUCUGGGAGUGAAGAGAGGAUCAGAUUAACCUCUGACCGGGUGGAGACGAUGAGCAUCCAGCUGAGGGAGGUGGGGAACAGGGUGAAUUUUAUAAAGCGGUCUCUGCACUCUCUGGACUCUCAGAUCGGUCACCUGCAGGACCUGUCCGCUCUGACUGUGGACACUCUGAAGGCUCUGACGGCACAGCGAGCUUCCGAAGCCAGCAAAGUGCAUAAUGAGAUCACGCGGGAACUGAGCCUGUCCAAGAACGUGGUGCCUGGCAGCGUGGACGCCGUCCCGCCCUCCAAAGCUUCCAUCCUGGUUCAGAGGAGCGUCUAUCCGCCCCCUUCCAACAUGGCGGACUCGCUGUUUGGGCGAGGAGCUUCCGAAGGGGCGCGUCUGAGAGCCGAGCUGGCGACGAGGCCCGAGAGGAGGCCGGCGUGUCCCCCGGAGGCCGGGUACUUCGGUGGCGUCGCGCACACGCACGCACUCAUCCAGCCGGAUGAUGCCGGAGACAGGAACCCGCCGAAUGUUCGCGGCGCAUCGGCCACCUUCUUCGUCAGCACCCCUACGCAACCAAGCAGCGUGCACACACUCGCGCACACACAGACACACGUCACACACACGGGCCGGACUCACUCUCCCCCCGAGGCUGCUGUGGAGUUUGGGGCGUUUGUGGGUCAUAAGGAAGACUCAGAAGGUCAAAGGUCAUCUCCUAAGCAGAGCUCUGUGGGCUGCAGGCAGCUCAGUCACAGCAGCAAGGGGGAGGGCCAUAUGAGGACAGUGAACUCUUACUCUGGUUUUACAGAGCUCGACAAAAACCCCACGUUUCUGCAGCCAAGUCUGAGUAAGAGGGACAGGAGUCGAGUGUCAGCGGAGGAUGUUCAUGAGGACCCACGAGCAGCUCUGCUACUGGAAAGAGCUCAGGGAAAAUCAGUGCAGGCCAGCAGCAAUGUGAAUCCAGUGGAAGACGCCACCAACGCUCCAGUAGUCCUGUUCCCGACCCGUCACAGUCCUCUGAGUACACGCAAGGACUCGAUCGGUUCUCCCUUUAAGCCCAUGGAGGGGUAUCAGUACUCAGCGGUGGAGCGUAAUAACCUCAUGAGGUUGUCCCAGAGCAUCCCCUUCACCCCUGUGCCCCCUAGAGGAGAGCCGGUAACAGUGUACCGUCUGGAGGAGAGCUCUCCUACCAACAUCAACAACAGCAUGUCGUCGUGGGCGCAGCGCGGCCUGUGUGCUAAGAUCGAGUUCCUGAGUAAGGAGGAAAUGGGCGGCGGCCUGCGGCGGGCGCUGAAGGUUCUGUGUACCUGGUCCGAGUACGACAUCCUCAAACCUGGACACCUGUACAUCGUCAAGUCCUUCUUACCCGACGUCAUCAACACCUGGCAGAGCGUCUACAAAGAGGAGACCGUCCUGCACCUCUGUCUGAGGGAGAUCCAACAGCAGAGAGCAGCUCAGAAGCUCACCUUCGCCUUCAAUCAAGUCCGACCCAAAACGAUCCCCUACUCACCCAGGUUCCUGGAGGUGUUCCUCCUGUACUGUCACUCAGCAGGACAGUGGUUUGCGAUAGAGGAGUGUAUCACCGGAGAGUUCCGCAAGUUCAACAACAACAACGGGGACGAGAUCGUCCCCACCAACCUGCUGGAGGAGACGAUGCUGGCCUUCAGCCACUGGACCUACGAGUACACACGCGGGGAGCUGCUGGUGCUGGACCUACAGGGUGUUGGUGAGAUUCUAACUGAUCCAUCAGUCAUUAAGAGUGGAGAGAAAGGGUCUUAUGAUAUGGUGUUCGGUCCGGCGAAUCUGGGUGAUGAUGCCAUACGUAACUUCCGCACUAAACACCACUGUAACUCCUGCUGCCGCAAACUCAAACUGCCUGACCUGAAGCGGAACGACUACACGCCGGAGAAAGUGACGCUGCAGCAGGACGAUCAAACAGAAAGCCCAGUUGCUUCCACACAGACAGUGGGCGGGGCUAAAGAACAGCGUCCUUCUAUGCGCUUAAUGCUGUGAGACACAGAGACACACACACACACACACACACACACACAUGCUGAAGCAGCACCUGGAAACCCACAUCUGUGUGGGGACUGGAAACCCUCCAAAGAGACACAAAGAGCGUCUGUCUGUCCGUCUGUCUGUCUGAGCGAGUGUGUGACGUCGACACAAACAGGAAGUAAUGCAAGUGUGUGUGUGUGUCCGGGAUGGGGGUGGGGCUUUGGAAUUGUGAGUAGUUGUUCCAGUACUACUGCGUCUCAGUGGGCGGGGCUAAAGUGACACCAUGUUGUAAAGAUUUUAAAGAGUUUUUUAAGAGAUGAUUUUAUUUUGAUGUUUCUAUCGUCGAUCUCGAACGCCGCGCCGCGGAACAAAUCUCACGUCAGUACUGACUGUGGAUCAACACUAUGAGACUUACACGAGACGUGUCCUCUUUUUAUACGACUCCAGUAUCUUACACACACACACACACACACACACACACGCACAGAUCAUUUAAACUGGGCAAAUUGCAAUGCAGUUUUUACAGUUUUAAUUUUGUCCAAUGUGCAAACACAUGAAUAAUGUUACAGAGGUACUAUAUUAUCUUUAUUAUUAUUAUUUUUUUAUUAUUUUAAUUAAUAUUAUUUUAUUGUACAUGGCGUCUGAGAUUUUAAGUAGCUGAGUAAGGCAGAGUUCUGAAGAGAUAAAAUCUGAAUGAGUGUAUUUUAUUUAGGAGCGAUGAUGGGAGGACAUUCUGGAGUUUUUUUGUACCACGUAUCAUGUAAACAAAUAAACAAUACAAAAACUAAA